CAUCCCUAGCACUCCAGCUUCCUUUCCAGUAUAUAUAUUGGCACAAUGGCAGACGAUAUUGGUGAAGUGAUAACCAUUGACAACUUUACCACGAAGAUGCCCCAAUUUGACCCUUCUUCAGCCAUCGGCAAAAGGGCACUCUACGGGCUGGUGGAUAUGGGCAGCAAUGGUAUCCGUUUCUCGAUCUCCGAUCUCUCUCCACCACGAAGUCGGCUCCUCCAUUGCAUAUAUCGCGAACGCGCUGCCAUCUCCCUUUACGACGCGCUCCACGAAUCCGCGCCAGGCUCCAGAGCUUUUUAUUUUUCGAAUGAGAUAGUGCAAAAGGUUGCAGAGACAUUAGCACGCUUUAGGGGGAUCUGUGAUAGUUAUGGCGUGCAUAAGGACCAUAUCAGUGUAUUUGCUACGGAAGCCAUGCGCACGGCGAAGAACAGAGACGAGAUGCUGAAGGCGAUCAAGGAUGCCAGCGGAUUGGUGGUUGACAUAUUAAGUCCAGAAAUGGAGAGUAUGUUUGGUGCAAUGGGUGCCAGGAGUGGUUUCGUCGACGUGAAUGGAUUGUUUAUGGAUCUCGGCGGUGGGAGCGUGCAGAUGACUUAUUUGACUUCGGGGAUGGCGGUGCGGGCUGCAAAGAGUAUACCCUAUGGGGCGGCAAAACUAACGGCUGCUUUAAGCUCCCAGGCUACUGCAGAAUCAACAAGAUCGGAAUUAAGAGCAAGCAUGAAGGAAACCUUUGAGGAACUGAAAGAGAAGUUUCCCGAACUGAGGGAUCAAGCGAGAUCUAAGGACGGAAUCACGAUAUAUUUCUGUGGGGGUGGAUUUCGAGGAUAUGGAAGCAUGUUGAUGCAUACUGAUCCCAUACAACCUUAUCCUAUUCCUGCGAUUGGCGGAUAUACCGUACCAGGCAAUCGUUUUGUUCAAUGGCGGGAAAUGCUCAAAGCAAAUGAGCAGGAUGGCAAGAUCUUUGGGAUGUCUAAACGGAGGCGAGAACAGUUUCCAGCCAUCGUGACGGUCGUGGAAGCUCUCGUCGGGGCAAUCCCCAAAAUCAACCAAGUGGUCUUCUGCAGUGGUGGAAAUCGGGAGGGAGUUCUAUUCAUGAAGCUCCCAGCUAGUAUACGGGAAAGUAACCCUUUGCCCUUGCUUGAAAAGGUUUCCAGUCCUGCUGGCGGGGUCAUUUUCAACUCAGUCGUACAUGUCAUUCAGUCAGCGUUGCCAAAAGGCUACCCGGAAACUUUCUCGUACGAGCUUCUUCACUAUAUGAGCACGGUCCUCUGGAAUGAUAUGGGUGAUCCUGCAGAUGCCAAUUCUGCGAAGGCACUUCACAAUCCUAUUUCCGGCUCGCUUGCUGGUCUUCCGGGUUUGACACACGAGCUUCGAGCGGUUCUUGCGCUUACCAUCUGUGCUCGUUGGGGCACUGAUCUUGGUCCGAUCGACAAGAUACUCUACGACAACUUAAGAGCGCUCAUAGGACCUGAAUUAAGUUGGUGGUGUGAUUACAUUGGGAAGAUCGGGCGCCUUCUAGGGACAGUAAUGCCAGCCUGCCCCGAGAGUGAGGAGAAAUUGAAGAAGACUAUAUCCUUCGAAGCGUCGACUUCUCACGGGUUAGGUAAGAAAGGUCAUAAAGUUGGAAUACGACUGCGAAUAAUGCUAGAUGUGGCCUCCAGGAAUGGCAUUAGUGUGGGAGCCCUGGAGGGUAUCUUUGAUAAAGUUGGGAAGGGAUUGCAUCUUGGAUGGAAGGUAGAGGCAGAGGUUGUUGAUGCUUAGAGUUGAUAUGAUACCCAAAUAUAGAAACGGUUG